AAUAAAUACCGAUCUAAAAACGCAUUGCGCCACCGCAUGAGCGCCCUGAUUAAUUUUUACCGACACUAAACGGAUCUAAAAAUUUCCUAGGUUGACAGUACAGCCUGUAGGCCUGUACACUAAUACCGUUGAUUAAUAAACAUAUGUACAUCAAGCUUAAACUUUAUUUGCCUUAGGUUAGCAUAUCUAAUGAACUAAACUUUGACAAAGUGCCCGAAAACGGAGUGGUCAGUUUUUAAGGUUUAACUCCCAUACUACAGCGUUCAUUCAGUACACAUAAUGUAUGUAGCCUACAAGUUGAAUUUGAAACUUUUUAUUUCAUUGAAAAUUUUAAAAACGACUUUAAUGUGUUUUUGUUAUCAUUUUCACACAAAAUACGUAACUUUGCACCAUGGAAAGUCUAAUACAAGAACUAAACUAUUGCAUCAGUAGGGGGUGGUCACAAAUGUAGUUACUCUCUACGCGUACUUGAUGUCUGUACCUCGUCUAAACGAACGAUUGACUAGCACCCAACUCAACAGAUUAUUGACUCCUUUAUUGACAACACAACGAUGAAGUGAAAUAUUAAGUUCUUUUCAAUGCAUGGCCAGGGAAACACAGACAAGUUUAAUUGGCUGUUGGGUCACUGAGGUGGUAUAUGGUUGGACCACGCGACUUUUCUGGGCACUAUUUGACAGCAUACGUAACGCCUCGGGAUAUAAAUACUCUAUUUGAUUCAUUGCAAUUGUAUAUUUGACGUUCAACUUUAGCUGGAAGAGAGCAUAGCCCGUUAUUAGUUUUAAAUUAUCUUUCCUCCAAACAACAGUAUCUGUUUUCACGUGAAAUUUUGGAAGUACGUCUGAAAAUGCAUGUGCCUAAAAUUGCUCUGUUCGAUAUUGGUAGAACAUUAACGACCGCGAUGCACACGGUUCCAGAAAUAUUAUAUCUUCAAGACAAGCUUUCGAAAUGGCUGGGUUCGCCAAUCGAUCUAAAAUCUAAACAGCUAUCAGGUCUAAAAAGUAAUUAAAAGAGAAUGAAUGCAUCGAAUUCAAUCAUAUGACUUUUAAGGUUGCACAGCCAGAACGCUAGUUCGGGAAAUAUUAGACGCAAACGGAGUUCCUGCGUCAAUGUACAAAGAAAACAAAGUCGCAUUGGAUCGACUUAUGCAAGAUUAUCUUGGUCAUAUUGUAGCAGGAGCUUGGGACAAAAGGUACCAGUGGAAAGCGUUACCUGGAACUAAAAAACUGCUCGAAACUUUAUCGAAGAUGGAAAACGUUAAACUUGCACUGGUUACAGGAAACUCUAUAGAAACAGCAUUGUCGAAACUGAGAAGUGCUGCAAUAGACGAAACCCUUUUCAUGGAAAAUGGUACGGGCAAUCUGCUAGGAGCUUUUGGCUGUGACCCACACGAAGAACGUGGAGACUUGGUGAAACUUGCUGCUAAUAGAAUCGGCAAGAUCCUGCCUGGAAAACCGGAAUUAUCCGGUUCGGACUUGGUGGUGAUUGGAGACACGCUAAAUGAUAUCAAAUGUGCACACGACAACCAGGUACCAUGUAUUGCGGUUACUACUGGAAUAUUCCAAGCAACUGAACUGGAAGAUGCUGAAGUUGUACUGGAAAAUGGAUUUUCUAACGUAGCUGACAGCAUCAAAGCGAUCGUGGGUGUGAAAUAUGGACAAAAAUCAAUUUAACCAUAAGAAAAAGGCUUGAAUAAGC